AGAAGAGAGAUUGGUGAAUCCUUAGAUUUUGGGGGCUCAUCAUUUCCAGCUUAAUUUCUAAGGUUUUCUUUUCUUUUUUUUUCCAAUCUCUUAUUUUGGGGGAAUUCGGGAACUUGUUGAUGUUGUCCAUGGAUAUUUCGAUGGGAAAAUGCGUAUUAAUGUUGAUGGUGUGUGUGAUGGCGGAAUCAGCAGCCUCCUUGCGUUUGGAUUCUUCCUCCUCCUCUAUUUGUCAGCUGGAUUCCGUACCAUUUCUUCACGAUCUCAAUUCUCAGUGCCCGUUUACCGACCCCUUCACUUCUUCACCGAUUCAGGUGAAUGGAGAAGCACUUGAUAAAGCUAUCGCCUCCAUUAGGAAGAAUGAAUAUAUGGUCGUUUUGUUUUAUGCCCCCUGGUGUCCUUUCUCAAGAAUCUUCAAGCCUAGGUUUUCUAUACUCAGUUCCAUGUAUCCUCAGAUCAAACAUGUGAUGAUCGAACAAUCUUCGGCCAUGCCUAGUGUUUUCUCUAGAUAUGGCAUUCAUAGUGUGCCGUCACUGCUGAUAGUGAAUCAGACAACACGGAUUAGGCAUCAUGGUAGCAAAGAUGUCCAGUCACUCGUGAGUUUCUACAAAAUAACCACAGGUCUAGAUCAAGUAGUAGAUAUAGCUGAAGAAACACAUCGCCAUGAGGAAGCCUUUCAGGUUUGGGAUGGAGCAUCUCUGAAAGAAACCUUGUUGAGCGAACCUUACCUCCUACUUUCCCUAGUAUUUGUUCUCUCGAGAGCAUUUCUGUAUUUCUUUCCAGAAUUUGUGUCCGAUCUGUCAGCACUAUGGGUUGCCUGCAUUCCUCAUCUGAAUCUGGGGAUUUUGGGGGAGUCGAGGCAGCUUCUUAGUCAUGCUCUCCAACUUAUUGAUGUGAGGAGAAUUUUGAGCAAGCUGAAGAUUUGUAAAACCAGGAACUUCCAUGAAAGGGCAAGAAAUGCUCGGGUCUGGGCGUCAUCCCUCGCGUCUGUAUCCUUGGGCGAGACAUCUUCUUCAUCAAGAGUAUUAACGUCGAGAGACUAGGUGAGCUCAAUCAUCUCAGACUGCCUGUGUUGUAUCCGGCUGCAAGAAGUAAGUGAUAAUCAGCAGUCUCCCCCUAACCCCCCAAAACAUGAAGGGAAAAAGAAAAAGAAAACUUCCAGAGCUUGUUUGUGUGUCUCCUCCUUUCUUUCCUUCCUUUUUUCUUCUUUUUUGCCCUUUUUUGUUUAUGCUUAAUAUAUGUAGUGGCUAUAUACCCUUUUGUAUCAUGUAAAUUUUGCGAAAAUAUAUUCCUCCAUUGUAUAUCA